AUGUUUGGUUUAUCAAUUUCCAUGUGUUCGCUUGUUUGUUUGCUUCUCAUAACUAUAUUAUUUGGUAUCACAUGGUACAUCGAACCCCCAAUUUUGGUAGAUGUCAUAGGAUUCUCCCUUCCCCUGGCGGUCAAGAUUGCAAGUUUGGCCUCCACGCUGCUACUGUACAUGGUUCUCCUUGAUAGCCCUGGUAUCAUUUAUUUCGUCAUCUUAUCAUCAUUUUUCUAUUUCAUUACACAUAGUAUGCUUCUUGGUGGUAUUAUUCAGUUUUAUUUAAGGUACCGGGAAUAUGAAAGACCAUUGACUCGUCUACUUGAUUUUAAUCAGGUAGACCAGAGGUUUUUAGGUUUUAUCCUCGUUUGCUUUCUCAGGAUCAUCCUCUGCUUUCCUUAUGUAUACUAUGCUCUCAUUCUAUUCGUAAUUCGUAAAAACGAGGGAAGUGGCUGGAAAAAGAUGUCUGCCGUCGAACAUGAGGUUACGAUUCUACCUAAGAAGAUCGAGGAAUUAAAAGAGCGUCAAAAUUUUAUAAUGAAAAAGUACUAUAAGAAUUCAUUUGAAACUCUGGGUAAGAGUGAGUAA